AUGGGCAAAAUCAACCUCACAGCCCUCCGGGUGCGACAGACCGCGAUCAACCAAUUCGCCAGUGGAAAGAUCAGCAAGCUACCACAAUGGGUUGACGUCGUCCGCGAUAUUCCUCCGUCGGAAGUCUUAGUUCGUGGCCUUCCUCAGCAACAUCAGAUGGUUCGGCAACGAUUGAAGACCGACAAACAAAACAAGAAGGAAGUUGUGUUUGAAGUUGAAGAUAAGCGCCGGAAAUCCAAGAAGCCCAGCCGUCUGUUUCAGCCAGUCGAGCUCAGAUAUGAAGAAGAUGAGCUACGAACGACCUUCUUCAAGGAUCACCCCUGGGAGCUUGCCCGACCUCGCGUGCUUGUCGAGUCCACUGGUAACGACCAUGGACAGUACGAUUGGAGCCGCCUUCAACAGCCCGGAAGGAGACUGGAUGGUGAAAGUGUGGUUCAACGACAGCUUUACCUCUUGGAGAACACACCCGAUAUUACCGUGAGUCGCGCGUACGAUAUUGCCCGCCAAGAAUUCUACAAGCUCCGUUUGCAGGAGGAUAUUGAGCGACGAGUUGCGAAGGAGGAGGCCGAGGCGACCGGUGCCCAAUUUGGCCAGACUCACCUUGAAAUUGGUAUGGAGCUGGAGAACCAACAGCACGAGAAAUGGAAGGAUUGGGCCAAAUUGGAAGCCCAGGUCCUUGGUCAGCGAUCAGCUGCGCUCUCUGGUGCUCCGGAACUUGCAUCGGAGAAGGAAACCGAGAGUUUGGCUCAGGGUCUUGAUAUUGAGCAGCCUGAGGCUGAACGAUAA